AUGCUACGGAGAGUUCGAGAAUACCGUGCACAUCGAUUCCGAAAGAAACGUUGUCUACGAUUACUCCGGAUGAAUACUGCCCAGAUAACCCAUGCCUUGGAACAAGAUCCCGUAACAAGCAAGAAGUUUUGUGGUGUGUUCCCUAGCGACAAGCUUCCUCAGACGAUCAACAGAUAUCCGUGUGGAUUCGUUGCGAACACAGACCCGAGCAGCAAGCCCGGUACCCACUGGGUCGCCUUCUACUUUCCAUCGGAAGAGAAAGGAGAAUUCUUUGACAGUUAUGGACAUGCACCAGAGUACUAUAGGGAAUCGUUUGGAGACUUUUUAAAGUCUCGCGCAUGGGAUUUUAAUAGACGUAAAUUGCAAAGUGCUUGGUCGGAUGUAUGUAGCCAGUAUUGCAUAUUUUACCUUAGCCAUAGAGCAAGAGGUCAGAGCAUGAGUAAUAUCGUCCAUUUAUUUAACAAUGAUACGGUCUUCAAUGAUACAAUAGUAUCCCAGUUUGUUAAGAGACAUUUUAAGGCAUUGUUAAAACAUUCUAAUGUUAACCUUAAUCAGUUCAGUAAAAAGAUGUUUUCAAUAAAAUUGUUCUAAAAAACCAUUGUGUUCUUUUUUAUUCUGCGCAUGCGCACAAACUCACGUCCCACAUGCGAACCGUGCAUAAAAAUACCGCCCCAAAGAACUGACGUCAAUACAAAAAUGGUUUUAAAAACAUUUUAUUAUUACAUGCAAACAGUUACAUGUUUUAAUAAGGAAGCCAUUGUUUUGGUUUCGCCGCCUGUCUUCUGAGUAAACCACAGAUAUAUUUUGUGGGACUUGCACGUGGUGAUGUUGGUGGCGGUGGUCUCGGUGGCGGUGUCUUAAAAAUAACCUCUUCCGCGCCAGACGGACUGCUCAUAACGACUAAGCACGUCCUCUGGGACCAAUACCAUGCGUUUCACAUGCUUCAUACUAACAAACUUCCAAGUACACUCAACACUGGUGGUAAGAGAGCUGACAAUAAAUUUCCACCUUUUUGAUUAAGGCGUUGCUUUUUCCGUUUUCUUGACACUUUCUUACUGGCCAGAUCGCGGAGGUGUGUCUUGUAACGCGCUAAACGUCGCUUUUGACAAGGUGAUAAUGGGAUGACACCUUUAAGCAAAUUCAAGGAACACUCACAGAUAGCGGCGAUGACCUCCGGGGGAACGUUGUUGAUCAUGAAUUUACGUAGUCUAGGUCCGCAUGUCCCCAUGACCUGAAGAUACGGUAGACUUCCUUUCAUGCACUUCGACAUCUUGAAAAUGAACCGUUUUCAAUACACGUUCAGCUUUUAAGCACGUUUCACAUAAACAAUCUGUUUCUCUUCGGGUAAAAUGUUGGUCCUCAAACGCAUGUUCUCUGGUGUCAGCUGAUGGCAAUCAAUGACUAAAUAUCCAUAAGGUCUGCUUGUCGCAUCAUGAAAUGCAUCCAAAAGGUAUCCGGUAUGUUUAGGAAACAUCUGUCUGGCAAGUGUGGAAACACCAAGCGAGUCACGUGGGUUUCUAAACACGACGAUAACGUGACUAUUCAAACUAAUCGUUCGAGAACGUUCGCCUGGCGGGAACAAAUUCUGGGUAAGGUACAGCACGGACAUGCCAAGGUGAUGGGAAUCACGUGUAAACAAAUCUGAGACACGCGGGUCUCUGGGACAAUGAGACAUUAAGUCAUCGAGCACGACUAACGAAUUAUCAUGUCCGCGGGUCAUCUCGCAUAAAUUAUCGGGAAAUCCUUCCACGAGAGUCAAAUUAGGCAUUGCUUGCAACAUUUCUUCGAAUUCCUUCUGAUAUAUGCCGUAACAGUAUAUUAUUUUGGUUGGCACGGGAUUAAAUAGUUCCUCUGCAUGCCGUAACAUAGAACGAACCAAAUAAGACUUCCCGCUUUGAGACUGCCCACAAAUAUAAAAGAUUGCUAGCGUUUUAAAUCUCACGUCCAUCGUGUUCACGUGCACAACACAUACUGUGUUAUUAUCUGACGUGCUCGCCCGCUUUAUAACCAAAUCCGAGAAAUCAUUCUACGGAAAAAACUCUCUUCUUCAAUUCGAUAUACACUAAGGUCAAAGCUUCUCAGAGGGGGCGCAGCCAGACGAACAGCGCUACGUGUAGUAUCCUCGGAAUUGUGCAUCAUAUAAACUAGUGUCAGAUAGGCCAUAGCACGGCCAAAAUUAGUCACGUUGAUCGUGUUAAAAACAACAUGCAUUUCAUUAGGAUUAACAUUCACCACCAUUAGAUCGUACGUUGCUUCGUGGUCCUCAAGUAAAUAACUAAUAUAAUGAGAUAAUGUUCUCAUGUCAAUAUCAACGCCCCGUGUUUGCAAUUCGUCCAGUAUCACUUCCAUUGCAACAAAACAACAAAUGAAUACAACUAGUGAAACCAUUUAUUUAUAUACAGCAAAUUCAUCUAUAUACAGCAUAUUAAAUCCUAUCUAAAAGUUCUACGUUAAGCUACAAUUAGCUCGACGCACUAAUACUAUGUGAAACCAUUUAUUUAUAUACAUCAAAUUCAUCUAUAUACAGCGUAUUAAAUCCUAUCUAAAAGACCUACGUUAAGCUAUAAUUAGUUCUACGCACUAAUACUAUGUUUCCUAGCUACAUUUAAUUACAUAACAUUAAAAAUUCACAUGUGAAUAAACAUUUUCGUGGGAAAUACAGAACAAGGUUUUAUAUUGUUAAAAUGUUGUCCAAAAUGUUCGUCCUUGUGCUGUUUGUGCUCGUAAAGUCAUUGUCCGCAUAUCAUUGUGCUGAGUUCAGAAGUUACCAUUAUUUAGACUGCUUGAGACUGGGUAUUACGACCUUUCCCCUCUACGGAAAACAAAUCUGGGUUGAAGUCCUCGACUUAAAAUGGAACAAUAUAUCCAUCGUAAACCUUUCAACCAUUAUGGGCGACUUCCCUAAUAUUCGUCGUAUAGAUCUACGCCACAACCCCAUCGACUGUACCCGACUGUUACGUGAAAGAGUACACAUUGCUAGUGACUGUCCCCGUACCACAGAUAAGUCCACAGCAUCGGCCAUUACAUCGCCAGCACAUUGUAAAUCCAUCUUCGUACUAA